AUGUAUGCACCGACCUCAGGUGAUGUGACCCCUGUCCUCAUGAAUCCUGUCUCACAGUCACACUCAGUUCCUCUGUUGGAAGGAAUAUGCCACACCAUAUCAGACAUGAAUGCAGAUUGUGUGAUGGUCACGCAGGAAACUUUGGUGGCACAGUUAAUGAAAAAUUAUCCAGGCAUGGCAGUUCCCUCCCAUAAUAUCUUACAUAAUAUCCUUGGCACUCUAAUUAAGGAAAGGAAAAUAUAUCAUACAGGAGAAGGAUACUUCAUUGUGACUCCCAACACAUACUUCACCACAAAUGAUAUCACAGAUGACAACGGAAGGGUCCCCUUGGAGGACACUUGUUGCUGUUCACUGCCUUCCAUCACUUAUGUUGUAAACAUCGAGUUCUGUGCAGGCCUAGUGAAAGAAAACAUUCCUAUGGUAUCCCAUUACAGAUCCUGCCGUUGUUUCCCUGACCAGAAUAUGCUCUUUGAACAAAGACAGCUAAUGAACCAUGAAACUAAUGGAGGAGCUAAGAAAGGCUGCAGUGAUUUGAAGCCUUCAAUUCAAAGUCAAGGAAUAUCCACAUUUGUUGAAAACCACUCCCGGGACACUGCCCAAUCCCUGGGAGACAAACUGAAAUGCAAAAGGUUUGGCCUUGGCCUUUUCUGGAGAAGGGCUUCUAAAAAAGAAAAACUUAAGAAGGAGUACUCUACUUUUUCAGCGCAGUUUCCUCCCAAGGAGUGGCCAGUCAGGGAUGAAGAUGACUUAGAUAACAUUCCACGUGAUGUUGAACAUGAAAUCAUCAAGCGUAUUAAUCCUACCCUUACGGUUGAUAAUUUGAUUAAGCACACAAUAUUAAUGCAGAAGUUGGAGGAGCAGAAAAAAUGCAUCAGUAAGGGUACCUCAGCUGAUGUGUCAGCAGUCAGGCAGAACCACCUUUCAAAGGAUUGUGCUCAAAAGCCACAAAAUAAAACAGCAAAAGACACCAGGAAAACCAAAUCAAACAAUGAGAGGCAGAUUAGUAGAAGCAACAGGAAAUCUCAUGUAUAUGAGCUAACAUCCCAAAAUGAGCCACUGGAAGAGAACUUUUCACUGCCUGUCAGAAAUCAACAGCCAUCUGAUGUAGCAGUGGAAUCCCAUGUCAUAUAUAAAAGACAAAUUAAGAACCCCUUCCAAGGUCUAUCGUGGAGACGCAGCUCCUAUGUGAAAGGGCACAAAGGUACUAUGAAUAGUCAGCUGAAGUCUAGGACUCAAAAGCAAGAAAGGGCUUUAAAGUCCUUGGACUCCUCAAAAACCUUUGAAUAUGGAACUGAACAGCUGGCUGUGGAAACAAAGGCAGAUAAAGUUAAGCAAAACAAACUGCUCCAUGCUAGUAAGUCUUCUCUCCAACUAAAGAAAGGAAGUUUAAGCGAAAACUUUAGUUAUCUACAUGACAGUACUUUGCAAGUAGAGAAUAAAUGCAAACAGUUUCUGGAGAGUACUAUUUCUGAAGAAAACAUCCACAGAAGAACAGUAAAAACAACAACUGGGGAUAUUAAAAAAUACCCUCACUCCUACACUGGAGGUAAUGGUGUGUGCAGAGAAGAUGCAAAAUUGUCAUUAAAUCUGAAAGAUGAGUGUUGCAGGUGCAGAGCUGACACUGUGUGUGAGUUACUAGAUCAAACAGCAAAUGAAUUUCAAAAUGCCCAUCUUUCAAAUGAUACAGCCAAUGUUAGCCUGGUAGAAAAUAAUGGUGUGAAAUAUAGACAGAAGACUGAUAAUAAGAGUGAACUUAUAUUUAAAGAUGAUGGUGGCAGCCAUUCUGGAUCAAUGAAGCUGGAAAGUAAAGGAUUUACUGAGAACUGUAAUCUUGUGCACCAAAAAGCACGUGAUGGUGACACUUGUAGCUUGUUACACCCAGAUCACAGUUGGGAAGUCAGUGAACCACCUCACCUGCCUCCUGGCUAUUCUUUUGCAGAUACAAGAGACUGGGGUAUGGGUGUGCAAGAGCUGGGGACAGGCAUGUCCCUAAAAACCUAUCAGGUUAAUGCAUAUCCCACCCAGUGCAACACAACUGUAAGUAAACCUGACUCUGGAGAGCACAGAUAUAAGGAAAGCACUAGUUUUGCAGAGUCAAAAGGUGUCUUAAAAGAGCAUCCAAACACAGAUUUCACAGAAGAAGGUUGGUUGUGCAGUCAGGUCCUUCCUAUAGUUUACAGAAAGGCAGAAGAAACUGGUCUCACUGAGUGCUCAAAGGCUUCAGCUGUGGCAGAUGUCUGCCUCACUGAUGAGGCUGGCUCAGAUGCUGACACUUUGCAGAGCUCCACCAUUGAGACAGGCAAAGUAGCAUCCUGUGCUUUAGGGUCACACACCAACAAAAGAAGAAACCCUCUGGGAGGAAAAGAUCUGUUUUUUAAGAAUGCCUGUACUGUGGCAUCAGGACAGAAACACUCAGAAGGGACAGAAAACCACAGCAUUACAGGAGACAGUGGAAUUGACUCCCCGAGAUGGACUGAAAAGAAGAUGAAGCUUCCUGCCAAAUUUUGA